UGCAAUUGUGAGCAGUUGAGAGUUUGUGUAUCAAUGGUCUAGAAGACUUCCGUCCCAUCAGUGCGAAAACAAAUGAUUGAGAAUGUCACCAUGUCCAGUGAACUUCCAUUGAAUUUUCAGCAAGUGUUGCCGUUUCUUGCCGUUGCUGGGCUAAUCUUGUUGCUUAACCUGGUCUUCUGCUGCUAUCUUCUGAGGCUCAAACGAUCCGGAAAGGUCGACACUGGAUUCAAAACAGUGAACUAUACGAAGAAGAAAAUUGGAGCCAAGUUUGACAUGUGCUCCGUUUGCCUAGAAGACUUUGAAGAGGGCACAAAGAUUGGUCAGUGUCACUGCCAGCAUGUAUUCCAUAUCAUAUGCAUCUCCAAGUGGCUGCGGUUGCGCAAUACCUGUCCUAUUUGUAAUGCCAAGUUACGGCCUUUAGUGACGGAGCGCUCAAGCCUACGUGUCCAUGUGCAUUCACUACCUACACAGUCAGUUACCAGUAGCCUCUAACUGGUAAACACUACCGACCGGCAGGUACCCCAACUACAGCAGUAUGUGACAGUAUGCUGGUUACUGGGGAGAGAACUCAGUCUGGUACCAAAGUCCACCACCUUGUAGCCAGUGAUGCCAAACUAAACAAAACCAAGACCGAUGGAAAUGGGAACCACUCCAUCAGUUGUUGAAGGUGAUACGAGACUACUUUUUUGGAAAUCUUCAUUCAAAGUUGGUGAAGACAGAGACUCCUUCUAAAUGUUUCUGUUCUAUUGGGAAAGAUCACUUCAGCAUUCCAGGAAGGUUUGUCUCGGGCCGUACAAUCAUCUAAGACGAUGAUGGAAUAGGUGCCUGAGGUAGGUUUGAGGUUACCGAUAGUGACUGGCACAACAGAUUGAUUGCAACAUUUUAAUGAUGGCAGCUGCAGUUUAAUGUUGAUGGAAUAUUUUGGGUGAUGUAGGGAAUAUCUCUUGGUCUCUUUGGACACUGUGCAUGACCAUUCUGCUGUGUCACUGACAAUAAAGGAACAUCUUCUUGAAGGUAUCGGCUGUUCCAAACAGGAACUAAUUUCAUAAAGCAGUUUAAAGCACAAAAAACAGUUAAGCACAACAAAAUUGGGUUUUUUCAAGUAAAGUGUGUAAAAUGUAUCUUAACAAAUGAAAAUUUGGCAAUUUAAAAUGUUAUUGUAUCUAAAACUUUGUUAAGGGCUGAACAUCUAUCAUGAAAUCAUGUCUUCCUGGUUGAAUGCUAAUCAUAUUUUUCAGUACUGAAACAGUAAAAUUGUGUACAUAGAAAUGUAUUUAUAAAUAUAUAAAAUAUUUUUUUCUGUAAUUGGUUUUUAAGGUAUUUGGUAAUGUAGAACUAUUGAAUCAACUAACUUUUUUUCUCCAAUUACGUAUUGUCGAUUUUAAAUUGUAAACAUUUUUGAGGUUUUUUUUAAAGUAAGAUUUAAAGCUUUCCAUGGUUGUAGAAAGUGAGAACUAGUUUUGGUAUAAACAAAGAAAAUGUACUUGAACGGGAUUUGAACCAAAGACCUGGCGCUCUACCAAUAGAGCUAUCUAGUGUAUGUGGGUGUAGUCUCUGUUUUGUCAAUACAAUAGGAGACUUUCCAACGCUAGGCGGCAGCAGACAUACCGGGUAAAUUUCCAUUGUUUACGUAGUUCUGAA